AGUGAAAAUUUAAGUGCAACUUCAUGCCUCAACAGCUGCAUUCUAACUUUAAUAAUUUAAAGAAAUUUGUAUUAUUUGUUUCAAAUUAUUAUGUUUUAUAUAUGAACUUUUUAGUAUGAAAAUCUGUUAUACAAUAUUUAUGAAUCAGUAUAAUUUAACGUAAAUUAUAUUAUCUCAUUACUUAAUACGAAUAGCCACAGAAAUUAACAUUUAUAAUCUUUAGCAAUUUAUCUAAAGACACAGGACAAUAGAUAUAAAUAAGUUUUAUCUGGACAAAGUGAUAUUACGUAAUCUUGGUUCAUUUACUUAUUUACGAAUCUCAAUAAUCCGUUUUAUGUCAAGAAAAGUUAAGGUGAUAUUUUUGUUAGCGUCCCCCUAUAUGACAUGGGGCCAGCUAAAGGAUAUUUUUUAAUUAAACCUUUUGUUAGCUUUCAAAGUAAACCUUGUCGAACCUCACCUGAAAACUAAGCAGGAAACUUUGUUAAUAAGCGUCAGUGUUGGUCAGUUUCAUUCCGACCAGCACUGAAUAAAGUUGUAUUCUUAAAAGCUUGUUUUCAUUACAGUCUCGCAAGCAGCAGAACAUCAGCAAACAUACAAACAAGAACAUCAUCACUACAUUCAGUUGUCAUAACCCCCAGAACGCACCCAAAACCUCGUUCACAGCUUGGUGGAGCCCUGAAAUUUCCCGUCUCUACUGAUGCCAGGGAGUGCAGACUCAAAGAAGAAAGGAUCAACGCCUUUGAACUUCUACCCACAUACAAGGUCAUCUGCAGCCACUAGUGAAGAUACAGCACCAACAGAAGACGAGCCAAAUCAUAUAGGUUUGAUAAGCAAUUCAGGCAAUGAAUCAGAUGAACAAAAUUUAAUUAAUCUGGAUUCACCAGAUAAUAUUGAUGUAAUAGUACAUGUUCAACAGGAUGAAAUUCUAAAUAAUCAACCAAUAGUAGCUGUUAACGAUAACAUAGAACCAGAAAAUCUUAUAAACAAUAUAGAAACAAAUACUGAUUUAGAUAUAAUGGCAUCUGGAGGUGUUUCCCUUCCGAAAUUCUAUGAUGAAUUCAACAACAUACCUGUAGAAUGGUGGUAUUUAUUUGAAUCUUUCAAAAUAUACCACAAUUUACAAGACGAUAGAGCACUUGCUUCGCUAGCAUUCAAUUUUGAUGGACAAGCUAAGAUUUGGCUUCAAUCCCUUGCUCCAGAAGUCAGAAAUGAUAUGGCAGCACUUAAAGCAGCAUUCUUGCUUAGAUUUUCAAACAACAAAUCAAAUAAAUUAAUAUACAAACUACAACAGUUACCUGGAGAAAAUGGUAAUGAUUACUUAACAAGAGUUCAAAGACUUGCUAUGAAUACCGAAUUAGGAGAGAGCACAAUUGUUGAACUUGCCUUAAAUGGACUUCUUCCACAUUUAAAGGCAUCAGUGACUCAAAGUGACCCAAAAACAUAUAAUGAAUUAAGGCAAGCCAUAGACAUAGCUAUAAAUGUGACAGAAUGCCAUAACCAUAGCAUACCGUCGACAAAAAGUAACAAUGUACCACAGGUACCAGCAACAACAGAGAAUCCUGCAACUGCUUCCAGCUCUAAUGACAUUAAUUCUUUACUUUCUUCUUUUAUAGAUUCAAUGAAGACAGUUGUUAGGCAAGAAGUUAUGGCUUUAACUCCAAACAGGGAUAACAGAGAAGAAAGACAGUUCUCACAAGUGCCAUGCAGAGGUUGCGGUGCUUUGAGUUAUGCCACAGUUUUUUCAUGGAUUCUCUUGGUUGGCAUAUAUGCCGUAAAUGCAGAUGGAGAAGUACAGAUGCACCGCAUCAACUAUGGAGUAACUUUUGCUAAGGAAGCAAACAUUGUUUUCGGUAGUGAAAAUUGGCUUCACACUUUUGAGAUACCUCUUCCACACAAGAUAUCGUCAGUCCAGUUUCCAAGAUGUGAUAUAGUGCACCAGAAUUGUCAUAUUCUCAAUCAAGUAAUUUCACAGCUAUCAGCUGUCCGAACAGGAGUCACAGGAAAUAUUAAUAACACUAUAGAUGUUAUUCAUAGAUUAGUUAAGAAAGCAGAUUUCAACUUAGAUACCCGUUCCCAGAGUAGAAGCAAAAGAGGGCUUUUUGAUUUUAUAGGAUCUAUUUCUCGUUCUUUAUUUGGAACAGCUACAGUAAAAGAUGUCCAAAAGCUAGCAAGACAUAUCAAUAUAUUGGCUGAAAGAAACAAUAAGUUCGCAAAAGCAAUGUCACACCAUGAUGAAGAGUUAUCAUCAUUCAUGACAAAUACUGACAGUCGUUUCAGUAACAUGAUGCGUGGUAUUCAGAAAAAUUAUGACAGCAUCCAAAAUGUAACUUUUGAAACUGCAAAAUUUGUUGCUCACUUUGAAGACGUUAGUCUUAAGUUAUCCAACCUGUUUAUUGAUCAAAUGAAUGAUAGUUCUGUAAUUACAAAAUAUUUAGAGGAAUUGAACAUUGGAAUUCAUGAAAUGGUGAAAGGAAAAUUAUCCCCCUUUCUUAUUUCUCCCAAUAUACUAAAUAAUGCUAUGAAGCACAUUAAACUUAUUCUUAGUGACAAGUUUAAAGGUUUUUAUCUUCUAAAAUCAGAUCCUGCAUAUUAUUACUCAGAAUGUAGCAUGUUGUUUGCCAGAAAACAUUCAACUUUGUAUUUAACCUUAAAGUUUCCUAUAUCUACUUUUGCUUUUCCACUGUAUUUAUACAAGAUAACUUCAUAUCCAGUUCCUGUAAAUGUUACAAGUACCCAUGCAACCCAGAUAUUAGAUUUACCCGAAUAUUUUGUUGUUACACAUAAUAAUCAAUAUUAUGCAUCACUGUCUUUUGAUAAGUUGAGAUCUUGUUCUGGAACAAACACAUUAUAUUGUUCUCAUAGUUUACCUCUAGUGUCAGCUGUCAAAACUAAUUGUAUAUCUUCAUUAUAUAUCAAUUCAAAAUCAGAUAUUCACAAACAAUGUGAUUUUAGGUUUCUGUUGAACGCAAUACAACCUUCAAUCGAACAAAUUUUUGAUAACACACUUUUAGUUUAUAAAACAAACACACUCGCAUUUGAGUGUCAAAACAAACACAGCAUUGUGAAAGGCUGUCAUUUUUGCUUUAUUCACAUUCCAUGCAGAUGUUCAUUAUCUACCGACUCAAUUUUUGUUCCGAAAAAAAUAGAACAUUGUCAAAAUAAUACAGACACUAUUACUGUAUUACAUCCAGUGAAUCUUGCACUUAUUCAACAUUUCUUUUCACACGAAACAUACAAUUCUAUUUUAGGAGAUACUGUUUUUACUAAACCCAUAAAUAUAGACAUUCCGAAAAUACAUAUUUUUAACCACACAUUUUCAAACAUUUUGGCACAGGAUAAGAUUUUACACCUCAGUUUAAAAAGAAUUGCAAAGGCAACACAAAAAGAACGUACAGUAUUUACGUCACUGUCUGAACCCCUUCUUGAUGGUAAAAUUACAGUAGACAAUUCAUGGCUUGAUCUCAGUACAAUUCUUGCUAUUGCAGCAUUAGGUCUGUCAUCCAUUUUAGCAAUCGUAUGCUUCACACUUGUCAACAAAGUUCGCAUCCUCACAGCCACAGUACUUCUUUUACAAAAGAUUCCACAGGCACAAAGUACCUCUAUUGCGUCAACAAUUCCAACAUUUAUUUACAAACAAAUUUCAAAAACUACAACUCCAAGUACCAUUGAAAACAUUUUUAACACUCAGUGCAAUCCAUGGCCUUUUGUUAUAUUAUCCAUAAUAACUACAAUUACAUUAACAAUUUUUACAGUCUAUUUUUACAAAAGGUCUACAAAUAACAAUCAUACAAAAGUCGUUCUCGAAAUCACAAAUGGAUUAUCAUGCAUCACCAUACCAAUAGUCAAGUUAUCACUUUGUCCUACAGAUUGGGACAUAAAGGUACCAGAUACUAUUACCAACAUGAGAAUUUCUGGAUUUUUCAUUACAAGGUUACAUGCAGACUGGCAUGAUUUUUGUAUUCGUGGGACCAAUACAAAACACGAAAUCCCACUACCUAAAUACAUUUCAAUCAACCCAUACACUGCGAGAAAAAUACGAAAAAUAUUAAACACACCAUUCUUUUGCCAUAUUUUGCUCACGCACCACAACCAUUUUAUGAUAUUGAAAUAGGAAAUAUAAUUUAUUUAAACCUGUAUGCAACAGAACAAUGCCUUUUUGUAUUUUUCAUGACUUAUGGUAAACUCUCAAAAUAGCUUGUGUAAAAUGUCUUUCUUACAAAAAGGGGAAAUAAUUAUUUUUAAUUUUGGAUUUAUCUACAAUUUUAUUUUUCUUCGGGGUCGAAGAAAUUUUCGACCGGGUGGGAAAUAUGUGACAGUGAAAAUUUAAGUGCAACUUCAUGCCUCAACAGCUGCAUUCUAACUUUAAUAAUUUAAAGAAAUUUGUAUUAUUUGUUUCAAAUUAUUAUGUUUUAUAUAUGAACUUUUUAGUAUGAAAAUCUGUUAUACAAUAUUUAUGAAUCAGUAUAAUUUAACGUAAAUUAUAUUAUCUCAUUACUUAAUACGAAUAGCCACAGAAAUUAACAUUUAUAAUCUUUAGCAAUUUAUCUAAAGACACAGGACAAUAGAUAUAAAUAAGUUUUAUCUGGACAAAGUGAUAUUACGUAAUCUUGGUUCAUUUACUUAUUUACGAAUCUCAAUAAUCCGUUUUAUGUCAAGAAAAGUUAAGGUGAUAUUUUUGUUAGCGUCCCCCUAUAUGACAUGGGGCCAGCUAAAGGAUAUUUUUUAAUUAAACCUUUUGUUAGCUUUCAAAGUAAACCUUGUCGAACCUCACCUGAAAACUAAGCAGGAAACUUUGUUAAUAAGCGUCAGUGUUGGUCAGUUUCAUUCCGACCAGCACUGAAUAAAGUUGUAUUCUUAAAAGCUUGUUUUCAUUACAGUCUCGCAAGCAGCAGAACAUCAGCAAACAUACAAACAAGAACAUCAUCACUACAUUCAUUUGUCAUAACCCCCAGA